AUGGCAUUGCGAGGGCAAGAGGAUUCAAAGUGCCGUUUAAGGGAGAUAAAAGCGGAUCGAUAUGCCCUAGCCGUAGAGUUAUUACAGCAAGAAUGGAUAACGCCGCGAGUGAUAGCGGGGUUUAUCCGAAGAUCUAUCUUCCUAGCCUUUUUUCGUUAUCUCAUAGAAAACGGCGACGGCCGCCUAUAUGCUAGCAAUACCGACGAUAUAGACGGUGGGGCCUCUGGCUAG